AUGGAAGGGCAGACAACAACUCUGCUCUGGAGAUAUGACAACAAUACAGAACAGGUGAACAUCUCAUACGAGUACAACGCUACAGAUUUGAGUGAAAACUCUGACAAGUACCAGUCUUACAUUAUUGGUCUUUUCCUGUCCUGCCUGUACACCAUCCUCCUUUUUCCAAUUGGAUUUAUCGGUAACAUCUUAAUUCUGGUGGUAAACCUGAACCACAGAGACAAAAUGACCAUCCCCGACCUCUACUUUGUGAAUCUUGCUGUAGCAGAUCUCAUCUUGGUGGCAGAUUCCCUCAUCGAGGUCUUCAAUCUGAAUGAGAAGUAUUACGACUACGCCGUCCUCUGCACCUUCAUGUCGCUUUUCCUGCAGGUCAACAUGUACAGCAGCAUCUUCUUCCUCACGUGGAUGAGCUUUGACCGAUACAUCGCCCUGGCUAGCUCCAUGAGCAGCAGCCCUCUGAGGACUAUGCAGCACGCCAAGCUCAGCUGUGGCCUCAUCUGGAUGGCCUCCAUCUUGGCCACCCUUCUCCCUUUCACCAUUGUACAGACCCAACACAGGGGCGAAGUGCACUUCUGCUUCGCCAAUGUCUUUGAGAUCCAGUGGCUGGAGGUAACCAUUGGCUUUUUGGUGCCUUUCUCCAUUAUCGGUCUGUGUUACUCUCUGAUUGGCCGAAUCCUCAUGAAGUCCCAGAAGCACCGUGGACUGCGACCUCGGCGGCAGAAAGCCCUGCGCAUGAUCGUGGUGGUGGUUCUGGUGUUUUUCAUCUGUUGGCUGCCGGAAAACGUCUUCAUCAGCAUCCAGCUGCUGCAGGGUGCAGCCGACCCAUCACAGAGGACUGAUACCACGCUAUGGCAUGACUAUCCCCUCACAGGCCACAUUGUUAACCUGGCAGCUUUCUCCAACAGCUGCCUCAACCCCAUUAUCUACAGCUUUCUUGGAGAAACCUUCAGGGACAAGCUGCGUCUCUUCAUUAAGCAGAAUGCCAGCUGGUCAGUAGUAAACCGCUUCUGCCGCCACAGCCUUGAUUUACACCUCCCCGUGAGGAGCAAAGUGUCAGAGGUGUGA